GACUACGCGUAAUAAGAAGCAGCCGCGUUUCCUUUCGGUGCUGCAGACAGCCAAGCCGCGGAGAGGGGCUGAGCUCCAGCCAUGGGGAGUGUUCUCGACUCCUCUCAGGUAUUCCUCACAAGGGCAGGUUUCCGGAGGGGGUUAGCGAAGCACGUCGCACAGCAAUUUUAGAAGUUCGGCUGGGCACAAAGUGUAAAAUUUGCGACACUUUUUUUUUUUUGUCAUGUGCCACUUUUACGGCUGAGGGAUUUUUACUACCCUGAUAAUCUGCAUAACUUUUGGGUACUCAUGUAUGCCAGUCUGUGGAACGAGGUGCGCCGUGGGAAGAGUGGGUACUGGCUCCUUUGCCAUUUUCUCCAAUUCGUUUUACGUGGGACUCGAUUUAUGCCCACACAUGGCAUUUUACUUACAAUCUUGUGAAUUUUAACCCUUGGGUUUGAGGCUGGGCACUUCAUCAAAGCCAGCUGCCCACACCGCCUGCCACGCAAGCAUUCCAUGACAGUCAUCGGCACUGAGGGAAUAAAUCGGAUUUUUUUUUCAGGUUUGAUAACCUACAGAUAUUUUAAGAUUUUUUUUUUCAGAUCAUAAUUUUUAUUCUCAAAACAUGAUGAAAAUAAGGAAACAUUUAAGAGGCAGCGGAAGGGUGCUCGCUUUUAUCUUUUUUGCCUCCGUCCUCUGGUUACUUUUUGACAUGGCAGCGCUCAGGAUUUCAUUCAGUGAAGCAAACAGCAAACUUAAUAAGAAAGAGAUGAAGCUGUUGGAGAAAGUAAGGCAAGGACAAAAGGAGCCCGCCAGCCAUGCGCCUCUGUUAAGGAAACGACCCACCAGGUUGCUGCCGAGGAAAGAGGACAGACCCCGAUUGGAAGCGGGUGAGCGCGUCGCUCCUCCGAAACUCGACAAACUCCAAAAGAAGAAAGGCAAAGUCGUCGCCGGCGAUGCUGCUGUAGGCGGUCGGACUCCAGUCGGUAACGCGCAACUUGUGCUAAACAAAACUGGGGGGCCAGAGAAAGCCAGAACAUCCCCCCACGUGCUCGAUAAAGAAAGACAGCCCAAGUUACACAAUAAAAACAAGUCCCAGAUACAGCGAAAUAAGCUCAGUGGCUUCAGCACAGAUGCGACACUGGGACGCGCGCAACAGGGGAACAGGUCCUCGCACUCUCCAGGAAAUCCUAAAGUGGCUCUCGGCACCGCCGAAGACUCCAAACAAGCCGCGGAACAUGUACCCGCCGCCGGAGACGACCAUAAAAAACUGGGGCAGAACGACAGCCUUGGGGCCGAGCCAGAGAGCGAAGGGAAAGCGUCGCGACUGCUGAUUAAAGCCGAGCACAGGGCGCCCAAUAAGACACAAGGCACACAGGAUGAGAACGCGGCCAAGUUCGGCGUCGGCCCUCCGGGGAUCAGCGAGCGCAACAUCACCGGAGCUCCUAAUAAGGCGACUCGGCUCGACACAGGGAAGCAUAAAGUACUGCGAGUCGAUCUCACCAGCAAUCCAAGAAACCCCGAAGCCCCGGGUCAGUUCGGGCGUGGGGCGGCAGUGCCGCCGGAGGACGAGUUGAAAGCCAGGCAGAGAUGGAAAGAGGGCCAUUUCAACGUGUAUUUGAGCGACUUGAUUCCCGUAGACCGAGCGAUUCCAGACACCAGACCAGCUGGGUGCUCUGAAAAUCUGGUACACAAUGAACUCCCCACUACCAGCGUAAUAAUAUGUUUUGUUGAUGAGGUUUGGUCAACACUGUUAAGAUCUGUUCACAGUGUUCUCAACCGCUCACCAUCUCAUCUAAUUGAAGAGAUUAUUUUGGUUGAUGACUUCAGUACUAGAGAUUACCUGAAAGACAAGUUGGACAAGUAUAUGUCUCAGUUUCCUAAGGUGCGCAUCCUUCGUCUGAAAGAGAGGCAAGGUUUAAUCCGUGCUCGACUUGCUGGAGCUGCAGUUGCUAAAGGUGAUGUUCUGACAUUCCUGGAUUCACAUAUUGAAUGCAAUGUGGGUUGGCUGGAGCCACUUUUAGAACGUGUGCAUUUGGAUAGAAAAAAAGUGGCGUGUCCAGUAAUUGAAGUAAUAAAUGACAAGGAUAUGAGUUAUAUGAUAGUUGAUAACUUUCAACGAGGAAUUUUCAAGUGGCCUUUGGUCUUUGGCUGGAAGGUAAUCCCAGAAGAUAUUGUCAGGAGAGAAAAUAUAAAGGAUUCAGAUCCAAUAAGAUGUCCUGUUAUGGCUGGGGGUCUGUUUUCAAUAGAUAAAACAUAUUUCUAUGAGCUUGGAACCUAUGACCCUGGACUUGAAGUAUGGGGUGGUGAAAACAUGGAAAUCUCUUUCAAGAUCUGGAUGUGUGGAGGAGAAAUUGAGAUCAUUCCAUGUUCCAGAGUGGGCCACAUUUUUAGGAACGAUAAUCCAUAUACAUUUCCAAAGGACAGAAUUAAAACAGUUGAACGGAAUUUGGCUCGAGUUGCUGAAGUGUGGCUGGAUGAGUACAAGGAGCUGUUUUAUGGCCAUGGAUAUCACCAUUUGCUAAAUAAAAAUCACAUUGAUAUUGGAGAUUUGACAGAGCAGAAGAAACUCCGUGAAAAUCUGAAAUGCAAAAACUUCAAAUGGUACCUUAAUAAAGUUUAUCCGGAUUUGGAUGCACCCUUAUUACGAGCUGAUGGUUUGCUUUUCAACAGUGGAAUCAGAAAAUGUCUUACAAUACAAAACCAUAUUCCUUCAUUUGAAGUUUGCAAUACCAGCAAUCAGAUACAACCUUUGAACUACACUUGGUUAAGAUUAAUUAGGCAACAGGAUAACUGUUUAACAAUAAUGGAUUCAAAUGGGGCUCUUGGCUUGGAACAGUGUGAAAAUGCAAAACAUCAUAUACGGUGGCUUCACAGAUCCCUAAUUUCUGAUCCAUUAUUAACAGAUCAUUUAAUUUUAGAACAUCUUCAACGCCCUAUGUGUUUAGAAGCUAAACCAACAGAGAAGAUUCCAUAUUUGCAACUAUGCAAUCCAAGCAAUCCAUUCCAGAAAUGGCAGUUCACAAACUAUUUUGUACAAUAAUAAUAUAAGUAGUUGAUGGGCCAAAAAGACUUUAAGUGAAGAUCUGAAUUUUGAAGAACUUUUUAUUUACAUGUAAUAUUUGCUUAUGGUUAAAGAAGAACUUAUUGACAAGUGUGUACAUAAUUUAUGUAACUAAAUUAUUUGUGUUUUGGUUUAGUUUUAGUUAGCUGGACUCCUAAACAAUGUAGAGUAAAUGUACUGUAUUUAGGUGGGGGAGGCAAUUUAAGAAUAUCUUGGAAAAAGUUCUUACUCUUGCUGCUUUUUUUGUACAGUUCACAAUGUUUUUCAUGCAAUUUUCUGACCCAUCAUAUGUUAAUUAUUUGAGUUAUUAAAGAAAUGACUUUACAUUGAAAAGCUA